AUGGAUCAGUGUUUUAGGGGGCUGUGUAAAUUCUGGAGUGUCUUUGUGAAGGGCUGUUUUGUUAAGAAAAAGGAGGACGAGCUUAUCCCUUCAUCUGAAAGUAUUUUUCACAAAGAAAAAAUUGUGCUCCUUGGCUGUACGUUGAAGGACAGUUCUGCAUCCAUUGAAAAGAGAGCUCAAGCCGCCCAUAGAAUUGGAUUGUUGGCUUUCACAGGAGGACCAAAUGCUGGGAAAUUUGCAGCUGAGUACAUGCCAGAAAUAGCUUACUUGUUGCAAGAGGAGAUACCGUCCAAACCAAAGAUCCUGCUGCUCCAGAGCGUAGCGUGUUGGUGUUACUUAAACCAUGCCAGCCAGAGAAGUGCCAGGCAUCUGCAGUUUGUUCCCAUCCUCGUUAGGUUUUUCGAAAGCAAUCUUGAGCCUGCUGUCAAAGGUGACACACAGAGCAACCUCCUCAUUCAGUUUUGGACAUGCUAUGCUCUUUCCGUCAUGACAUGCAAUAACCUGUCUAUCAUGAAAGAGCUGAAAGACUACAGUCACCUAAAAUAUCAUUUGCAAAUGUUGGCUACUGAGAAUUGGUCCGGAUGGCCCGAAAAUUUUGCGGAAGUGUUGUAUUUCCUCAUUGGUUUUCACAGGAGUUAG